ACUUCCCUCGUCAGACUUACGACAGAGACGCCACGAUGAAGUUUACCCUGGUUUUCCUGUUGGGCGUGGUCGCCUUGUCUACUGGACGACCAGAUUCCAUCUUCGAUUUCGAUCUGGACGACUUCGGUCACAGCCAAGAGAUCGAUGAUGAUCAUGUGAUCACCGGGUCUUACACGUGGACAGCUCCUGACGGGACCCAGUUCUUCGUCAGGUACAUCGCCGACGACGACGGCUAUCGGGUACUCGACUCCAACGCCAUCCCCGUGAGUCCCUUCGGUCUGAGGGCUAACGGGCAGCAGGGGUCCUUCUUCAGGUCAUCUGAGGAACUCUUCGAUGACUGAGAACUUCUUCGGUAGGAUUCCUGCAGUAGGAUUUCCAGUCGGUCACGUACUCUAGACUGUCGGAAAGUGGCCUCCUAGACUGCAUCAACAUCCUUUCACCCUCUCAUGUUUAUUUAUGUCAUAUUCAUCCAUUAUGGCGAACCGUUCAAAAGGUUGUCAUUUUGUGAAGAUGGCAACUCACUAUUGGUCACGUUUAUUCACCCUAUGCAAA